UUUUCCAUCCUAAGCUCGUCUUUUAUUACAACCAUGGGAAAUUAAGAAUCCUGGGCAUCAUCCAACCCAAUAUUUGCAGAUCUCAACACCCCCAACCAACCAUAUCCCCUUCCAGAUCACAAUCCAAUUGAAAAUUUGAUCCUCAAGAUCUUCGUAUCCUUAAAGAUGUUCGCUUUACAGCCGAGUGAUGAUGAUGAGCUGGGAUUUGAAAAAAACCCUAAUUUAUUUCAAAUGGAUAAAGCCUCCAUCUGGGACGAUCUGAUCGUCGAUUAUGCAGCUCCCAUGGAAAGCAAUUUAAUCACUUUCUCCACCAGCACUACCAAAUUCAAGAACGAGCCUCGAUUGGGGGAAAACCAGCAACAUCAACAACAACAGCAGCAGCAACUUAGGAUCGGACAAAGACAAAGUACGAGGGGCAAAGACGCUUGUACUACUACUAAUAAUAAUAUUAGCAACAGGAAGGUUUGGCAUAGAGAUAUCGAACGAAAAAGGAGGCAAGAGAUGUCCGGUCUUUAUGCCUCUCUUCGAAAUCUCCUCCCUCUUGAGUACAUCAAGGGAACAAGAUCGAUAUCCAAUCACAUGCAAGAGGCUGUGAAUUACAUAAAACACGUGGAGAAGAACAUCGAGGAGCUACAAAUUCGUAAAGACAAGCUGAAGAAAUUAUCCCAUUCAUUAAAAGGCCAUGAUUUGCCUAACAUUGUCUCGGUAAACGCCGUGGAGAAUGGAGUCGAGGUUCUAAUCCGAAGCAGAUCCGAUUUCGGGAUAUCUCGUGUACUCGCCAAAUUGGUCGAGAGAGAAGUGAAUGUGAUCAGUUAUGUCUCGACUAAGACAAAUGGAAUUCAUCUCCACAAAAUCCUGGCCGAGGCGAUCGAUCUCGAUGCCGCGGCGCUGCAAGAAAGACUUAGACAGGUCAUUAAUAUUGGAUAAUAUGGAAACUUGUAAGGUUAUUUCUCUGAUGCAUUGAAUGAUUUGGGUGUGGUUAAUGUAUAUACAUAUAUACAUACAUAAAUAAUGUGCUAUGUUAGACAAUUAACGAUGCAUUGAUAUGUUCAUAUGAGUUCAGAGCUUGCGAUUUGCAUAUAUACAUAUACAUAUACACAUACAUAUACAGGUGU